AUGGCUCCUUCUGGUAAGAAUGUGUUCCUGAUAGGACCAGGCUUCAUCGGCCGGGAAGUCCUCGAUCUUCUAUUGGCGGAAGGAUACUCUGUGACGACGCUCACCCGCCGGGAAUCCUAUGCAAAGGAACUCGAGCAAAGCGGCGCCAAAACUGUCGCUGGCAACCUUGACGACAGUGGAAUAAUCACCCAGCACACCAUCGCCAGCGAUAUUGUCAUCCACACCGCCACGGCCGACCACUUACCGUCUGUCCAAGCCGUCAUCGAAGGCGUCGAUCGACGCGCCAGAGACAACAAGAAGACCAUCUUCAUCCACACCAGCGGUACCAGUCUUCUCAGUGAUGACUCCAAGGGCCAAUACAAGGGCGAUAAAAUCUUCCCCGACGACGACCAAGACACUCUCGAUGCCCUGCCAGACUCUGCAUCUCACCGCAUGAUCGAUCUGGCAAUUCUGCAGGCUCGCCAUCGCUUGAGCCCGAAUGCAAAGAUGGCCAUCAUGACGCCACCACUGAUCUACGGCGUGAACCCGAAAUACAAGCGUCUGUCUAUCCAAUUGCCUACCCUGACUCGAUUCGCCAUCAAGCACGGCUACGCCGGCCACGUUGGGAAAGGCGCCUCGGUCUGGUCGGUCAUUCAUGUUCUGGAUCUCGCUCGAGGAUACAUCGCCCUGCUCCACUGGCUCGAGAAAGCCAGUGCAGAUGAAGUGCUGAAGACGCCCUACAUAUUCUGUGAGAAUGGGUCUGAGAUUGCCUGGCGUGAGCCAGUCGUCGCAAUUGGGAAGGCACUACAUGCCGCUGGUCGCAUCCAGUCUCCCGAGACCAAGGAGAUCCCCGAGACCGACUUUGUUGAUUUGUUUGAUAAAGGCACCGCAUGGGUGGUGGCCUCAAAUUCUCGAAGUCGGGCGAGAAAAUUGCGCGAGUUGGGUUGGGAACCUAAGGAGAAAGGUGUACUGGAAUCUCUAGUCGAGGAUGAGAUCCCCAUCAUCUUGAAGGAGACAGGACAGUUCAAUGGCUACAAGGGCCCUGUGGUAUCUACUACAUAG